CAUGUAGCUACCGUAUAAAAGAGACACACACAUGUGGCAGGGACACAUCAACUCCACAUCAGCAGAAUUGGCUACAAGCAGACUGAUCCUCUACAUUAAAUUCUACACAGAGAAAAAAAUGAGGGCCUUCAUUAUAAUGACAUGCUGCUUGUUAGCUCUGUUUCUCCCCGUUCUCGUUGCUGCUGCUCCUGCAUAUGUGCGUAUCCUGCCUCAGGACUGUCAGGAAAUCUACAGGAGUGGUGUUAAUAAUAGUGGCGUGUACACCAUCUACCCUUCAGACACCACCCCUGUAGAGGUGUACUGUGAGAUGGGCUGCACUGAGGAUUCAUCCCGCGGAUGGACAGUGAUUCAGAGGAGAAUAGACGGCAGUGUGAAUUUCUACAGGCGUUGGAAUCAGUACAGGAAUGGCUUUGGAAAUAAGAGUGGAGAAUACUGGCUGGGUUUGGAGAACCUCUACAUGAUGACCCACAACAAGCUGUAUGAGCUGAAAGUGGACCUGGAGGACUUUGAUGGAUUGACAGCAUCCGCUCUCUACACAACUUUCUCUGUAGGCCCUGAAAUGAACGGCUAUGUGCUCCAAGUUGGUGGCUUUGUAGAAAAAGGAGCAGGUGAUGCGCUGAGUUAUCACAGUGGACAGACAUUCUCCACUUUCGAUAAUGAACAGAAUCCUUAUGGCUGUGCUAAAUCAUACCUCGGGGGGUUUUGGUACUAUGCUUGCCACUAUGCAAACCCCAAUGGUUUAUAUCUGGGGAGACAGGACGGCACGUAUUACGCCAUUGGUAAUGUGUGGUAUCAGUGGAGAGGCUAUUAUUAUGGCCUUAAGUCCAUCACUAUGAAAAUCAGGCCUGUGUCUUAAACUUGCAAUGCAAAAGCCAGGAUAUUUCCACCCUGGAAAUAGAACAACACUGUUAGCUGUGAUUUUCUAGGUUACCAGAGUCAUUCUGUUAGUUAGGACCAAUUAUGUAAUUCUCUCCUCUAUAUAGGUAAACCAUGUAUGUCUUUAAUCAAGUGCAUUCUAAAAAAUAAAUAAUAAAUCCCUACUUUUAUGUUUUUCUUUGUUCAAGUCCAGAAAAUAAAAAGUGUUUUGGGUAUUGUAUUACUUUCUUAACCAUGUAAUUGGUAAUGAAUUCUCUUGUGGAUUUUAAAUUUCAGUUUUAGUUUAAAUAUGGUAGUUGUUUUUUAUUUGUGCAUAUUUUAGCAAGGCUUCUUCUGUUCUGAUCAGCAAAAGGAUGGAGUUGGAUGGAGUAUAUGUAUAUGCCUCAGGCUGCGAGAGUGUUUUUGUCAAACAUCAUGAAUUUUAAGAGCAGCUGUUAUUAACCUGCUAAUGAUGUACAAGUAAAAGGCUGCUGUUUGCAGCCUCAUCUAUCCAAAGCACAUUAUUCCAGAAGUCUUGGCCUUUUUCUAUGUGUUCUUUGGCAAACUUCAGUCUUGCCUUCAUGUUUUUCUUACACAGCAAAGGUUUCCUGCUUGCACACCUCCCAUGAUAAUUAAAGUUGUGCAGUCUCUUUCUGAUUGUAGAUUCAUGCACUUUGAUAUCAGCUGUAGCAAGAGCUUGCUGUAGGUCCCGUGAUGAUAUUUUAGGGUUUUUGGAGACUUCUUUAAGCAUUUUGCGGUCUGCUCUUGGAGUAAAUUUGCUUAGAUGGCCUGACCUGGCCAUGUUCGAAGUUGUUUUAAAUGUUCUCCACAUGUAAAUGAUUUUCUGGACAGAGGAAUGGCUGAUUAUAAAUUCUUCUGAGUUCUUUUUAUAUCCCUUACCAGACUAAUAAGCAUCAACAAUCUUCUUUCUGAAGGCCUCAGAGAGCUCUUUGGAUCUCACCAUGGUGAUUCCUCCCACUUCAACAAUUAAGAGCAAACCAAACUAAGUGUCUGAGGUUUAAAUAAGGCAAUCCUCCUUCAAAAUGCUCUGUAACGAUGUUCUAAUAAUUUGCACCUGUGAUACACCUGUAGGUAAUUUUAGCCAUUUUAAGUACAAAUAAAUGUAGGUGUGUCCUUACUUUUUCCUCACAAGAAAUUGGAUUUUUUUUUAAUUAUAUUUUACAGAUUAUUUUUAAAAGACUUUUCUUUGAUUUUAUUUGUUUAGUUAUAUUACUUGAAUCUCCUAUUAUUGUUAAAAUGAAGAUGUUAAAAUGUUCAUAUUUUUAACUGUUAAAAAAAACACAGGCUUUCAUGGGGUGUCCUAAUUUUUUCACAUGACUGUAUAUAUAUAUAUAUAUAUAUAUAUAUAUAUAUAUAUAUACCUGACACUGUAUAUAUUUAUACAGUGUCAGGUUGUGGACACUGUAUUCUGCCUUUUGGCCACCAGAUGGCGACUCUGAGGACUUUCUAUUAGGCCUAUCACCUAGUUAAUGUGUCUCACCUGUUUCUUGUUUAUCCUGUGUAUUUAAGUUGCCCUUCCUGUGUUAGUCUUUGCUUAGUCUUUGCCUUGGUCCUUGCUGUAUGUAAGUCUCUGCCUUGCUUUCUUGGAUUACUGUGCUUUCUGUGAAUUAUUGAAAUUUUUGUGAGUUUUGGUAUGUUUUGAAAGUUGUGACUAAGAAUUUUUGCCUUGGAAUUUUUUUGGUUCUUAUUGCUUUGAUUCACUGCCAUUGAUAAAAUGAAGAGCCUUGCUGAGAAACUUUGAAACUUUUUGUGAACUCCUUCAAUUAAACUACUUAACCGUA